UGCUGAUCGAUAGUUUGGUCACACUGCGGAACCAACAAAAUGAAAUGAACCGGUUCCGGAACGAACAUUUCAUUUUGGUUUUUGUUUUUUUUUUCGAAACAAAUGCAGAUUUGUUUUUUAUUGUUUUGAAGUUGGUCCGUACGGAGCGUCCCGUGCUGCUGUCAUUCAGAAUCCGGCGGACAGUACGACCGUGACCGUGGAACGUAUGGCGGCAAUCCGAAUUUUAUAAAAUCGAACGAAAUAAAUACAACGAAAAUAUCUAACGAAUGUGUGCAAUGUGCGUUAAGUCAACAGCCACAACACAUACAAACAAUUAUUUAUAACGUAAUCAGGCCAUAAAAUCGACAUUCCAUGCAUCAGCAGCAGCAGCGCCUAAGGACGAAUGGCGCCUCCCGAGAACCACCAGGCGGAGGAGGAGCAGGCCGAGGAGGAGGAGGAGGUCCUGGCAGCUAUUUUAGUGGACCAUCGUGCGCCCACUGCCGCGGUCAGUUGCUGCCCCAUCCCGAGGAGCCCAUCGUCAUGGCAUUGGGUCAGCAGUGGCACUGCGACUGUUUCCGGUGCUCCGUGUGCGAGGGCCACCUCCACAACUGGUACUUUGAACGCGAGGGACUACUGUACUGUCGGGAGGACUACUACGGCCGGUUCGGUGAUGCCUGCCAGCAGUGUACGGCCGUCAUUACGGGUCCGGUGAUGGUGGCCGGGGAGCACAAGUUCCAUCCGGAGUGCUUCUGUUGUGCCGCGUGCGGCUCCUUCAUUGGUGAGGGGGAGUCGUAUGCGUUGGUGGAGCGAUCGAAGCUCUACUGUGGCCAGUGCUAUGGGAAGCGCAGCUGCCAGCCGGCGGAUGCCAAGGCGAGGAUAACGACGGCCGGCAAGCCGAUGCACUCCAUCCGCCUGGUGGAGAUACCCAAGGAUGCGACGCCGGGACUGCGGGUGGAUGGUGUGGCGCUGGACGAUGGCUGUCCCACAGUCAGGAUAGCAGAUUUAUUCUGUAACUUCUUUUUCUGGCUGACCUCCAUGGCGGAGCAGUGCUGCGGGGCACCUUAUAGGAUCGAUGUUAACCUGACCAACCUGCACAUUGGCGACCGCAUCCUGGAGGUGAACGGCACUCCGGUGAGUGACUCCUCCGUGGAGCAGAUCGACAAGCUGAUCCGGAGCAACGAGAAGAUGCUGCAGCUAACCGUGGAACAUGAUCCGGUGCAGGUGUGCCGCUCCUGCAGUCAGGCAGAUAUCCAGAGAGCCUGCUCCGCCUCCACACUGGUCCUGCCGCUGAGCACCUCGGCGUCCAGUGUGGAGGUGGGAGGGAGGGAGCGGCUGUACCGGGCGCAGGGGGAGCAGAGCGCCAAGGCCCGGAAGCUGCGGCAGGCCAGCAACGCCUCCAGCAUCACGAUACCGAAUGCCACCACCCAGCUGAAGGAGAAGGAGCGCUGCUCCAGCCUGUCCAAGCUGCUGGAUGAGCAGCACCAGGCGCAGCAGCACUCGGCCCAUCCGCAGCUCUACGAUCUGUCCAGGACGCAGUCCUGCCGGGUGGUCCAGAAGCCGCAGCGCAUCUUUCGCGCCUCCGAUCUGGUGAUUGGCGAGAAGCUGGGCGAAGGAUUCUUCGGGAAGGUGUUCAAGGUCACCCAUCGACAGAGCGGCGAGGUGAUGGUCCUCAAGGAGCUGCACCGCGCCGACGAGGAGGCCCAGCGGACGUUCAUCAAGGAGGUGGCCGUCCUCCGGCUCCUCGACCAUCGCCAUGUCCUCAAGUUCAUCGGAGUGCUGUACAAGGACAGGAAGCUGCACAUGGUCACCGAGUAUGUGGCGGGCGGGUGUCUCAAGGAGCUGAUCCACGACUCGCGCCAGAUCCUGUCGUGGCCGCAGCGGGUCUGCCUCGCCCGGGACAUUGCCUGCGGGAUGAGCUACCUCCACUCGAUGAACAUCAUCCAUCGCGACCUCAACUCGAUGAACUGUCUGGUGCGCGAGGAUCGUUCCGUUAUCGUGGCCGAUUUCGGUCUGGCACGGAGUGUGGAUGCACCGCGGAUUCCGGGAGCAUCUGGCGCCAGCGGCCCCGGCACUCCUGGGGGCUAUGGCUCGGCCACCAAUAGCGAUGCUGCCGUCUCUCCGGGCGGAACGCUGCGGAGGAGCAAGAGCCGACAGCGCCGGCAGCGAUACACGGUGGUGGGGAAUCCCUAUUGGAUGGCGCCCGAGAUGAUGAAGGGCCUCAAGUACGACGAGAAGGUGGACGUCUUCUCGUUCGGCAUCAUCCUCUGCGAGAUCAUUGGUCGCGUGGAGGCCGAUCCGGACUUUAUGCCCCGCAACUCGGACUUCAGUCUCAACCAGCAGGAGUUCCGGGAGAAGUUCUGCGCCCAGUGCCCGGAGGCGUUCGUCAAGGUGGCCUUCGUCUGCUGUGACCUCAAUCCCGAUAUGCGGCCGUGCUUCGAGACGCUCCACACCUGGCUGCACGGACUCGCCGAGCACCUCACCGUGGAGCGCCAGAGGCCGCCCGAAACGCUGCUGCACGAGAUCGAGAACUUCCAGGAGAGCUAUGCCAGUUCCGAGGACGCCCUGUCGCCCACCUCCCAGCGCAGUCUCGAUAACCUGGAUGAGAUCGUUAAGGAUGCGGCGCCCGUCGAGGUGGAAGUGUCCCCCGUGGAGAAGGAGAAGGAGAAUCUGGUGAUCCGGCCGCAGGACAUACCGAAGUCGCCGCAUCUGGGCAAGGAUUUCUCGCCGAGCGGCGAGCGCCUGAGGGAUAGCAUGCGGGCGCGGAGGCGUCAGAGGUUUCUGGGGGCCCAGGAGGCGCAGCGCCGGAAUCUGACACCCGAAACCGAGUCCAAGGAGCGCGCCCUGAAACAGGCCCUGCGCAAGUGUCGUCCGUUUGGGGAGCGCGGCUACUUGGUGGACCUGCGACCCGGUGGUGAUCUGCAGCUGCAGGAUGUCCGCGACUUGAACACCUACUCCGAUGUGGACUCCAGCUGCGACACCAGUCUCAACUACCACGAGGUCAAUAACCCGCCCGCGGCGACAGACAUUCCAGAGGCGGAGCCACAGCAGGAGGUGGAGGAGGAGCAGCCACCUCCUGCCGGCAAGGAGGAGCCGCAGCAUCGCCAGCAAAUCGAGGACAUGCGCACCCGCCUGAACCAGUGCCGGAGCAAGUUCGAGCACCUGGAGGAGGCCAGUCGGCGGAACUUCAGCCAAUCGCAGCACUCGAUGAGGAACUUCUUCAAGACGCCGCCCGUGGCGCUGAAGAUGUUCCAGCGGCUGGAGCACGAGGCGGCCGCCGCUAUGAAUGGUUGCCAGACGACAGCGCCGCCACCGCUGCCGCCGCGGACGCAGCGCAUCAACCAGACACCGAUCUUUGGCCGCAAGAAUCCCCCCAUCCCGGUGGCGGCGGACCAACAGAAGCUGCAGCACUCCGAGUCGCUGGAGAACCUGGUCGGUGGACGAAAGUCGAUGCCGGCCAUUCCAGCGCCCAAAAGGAGCAAGGGACCCCCCGUUACCCAACCGCCCACCAUCAUCCUGGCCAACAGUAGCUCCUCGAAUGGCACAACGGCGGCCACCACAGUGGACUUUCCGCCCAAGAAGCACAAGCUCACCCUGCCACUGCCGCCACAAUCCCAGCUGGCACGUUCUGGCCACUCAAAGCCACCCAGCAGCGCCAAGGUGAAGCCCCUGAAGGUCCAGCCGCCGCCAUCCUCCAGCCGCAUCGUGUCCACCACUAGCAUCUCGCCCACCCGUAACAGCCGUCCCAGCUCCCCCACCAAGCAUCUCGCCCAGCGUCACACCGCCGCCACGGCCCAACGACUGAAUAAUGUGGCCGCCACCGCUGCCCAUCAUCAGCAGCAGCCAUCAUCGCGGACUACCCGCCUUAAUAUCCUCAGUCCGGAGAAGGUGCAUCGCCUGGGAGCUCGACUCACCGACCAGAAGCAAAAGCUGCGCGAAGAGGCGGCCGCCGGCAGUGGCAGUGCUCCCGGUGUGGGAGGAUCUGCCGCCAAUGGUCACCGCACGGUGGCCACAGGGGGAGCAAGUGCAGCCGCCGGCGAUCGGAGGCGACGGGCAGCUCCAACGCCACCGGCACGAACGCAUUUCAAUACCCGCUGCUAGCUGUUAUCCCUAGCUGGGAAGGAUCGACUCA